UUAAUUAAUUUCUGUAGCUAUAUGAAUUCAAUUUAUAAAUAGUUCCAAAUAAACACUCGACGAGAGUUCAAACCAUGGCUAGAACAGGUGGCAGUUGACCCAGUCUUUCAUAUUACUCCCCUAGCAAGAACCUUCCCUUUGUUCUUCCCUGCUCCUUCCUCUCCACUCUUCUAAAACAUAUAUAUAUAUAUAUACACAUAUAUCUACCGACCAAAACUAUUAUUGUAAGAUAUAUAAUGGCGAACUCACCACAAGAAAGUAGCAGUGCAGAGUCGUGGAGAUGGUUCAAGAGCUUCCAAUACGACAAACAGCAAGACAAACCAGCCGACGCCCGGAAUGUUCUUCUGGUGGUGGCCGCUCUCAUCACCGCCGUGACCUUCCAAGCAGGUGUCAACCCUCCCGGCGGCGUUUGGCAAGAUAGCGAUGACGGUCACACAGCUGGAAGAUCCAUCUACGCCACACAACAGAUUCCUUUCUAUGUUUUUCUCAUAUCAAACACUUUGGCUCUCUCCUCCGCCAUUUUGGUCAUCAUAUGCCUCACUUACAGGUUCCCUUUUCACUUCGAGGUGUGGCUAGCCACAAUCUCCAUGAUCGUCACCUAUGGGUCGGCGGUAUUUGCGGUGACGCCUAAUGAGUCUGUGAGUUUUCGUUGGAUUAUGUUUGCUGCUGCUGUGCCUGUUCUGAUAAGGUUCUUGUGGGAGACCCUUAACAUAUGGGGACCUAAAGUUCUCCACUUGUUUCGGUUGAUGGCCAAAUUUUUCUUGUCCAUUUUAGAAAAAUUAAGAAAAAAUCAUCUCUGAAGUCAAUUUUUUUUGGAAGUGGGAAUGAGGUGUACGUUUGACAUGAGGAAAUGUUUGUAUACGAAUUAUUUGUGACUUGUAUGGUAUAUAUGUAUAGCGUUUGGAUUAUUAGACUAGUAUAGUUCCAUAGGUCUUUAAGGAGUUUGUAACGUGAGGGGUUCAAAUACUCAAAUAAGUUAGUCAUGUCUAUUUAUUAUUGAUCAAUUUUUAUUUUGAGAGGAGAUUGAUAAUGGUCUUAAUGUGAUUAUGCUUCAAAUUGACCAAUAUUCCUCUUCACUUAUUUGUCAGCAAGAUUUGUUAUAGUAAUAUAUGGAUAGAACUAAA